AUGUCAUCUUAUCUUCCUCAAGACGAAUUUCAAACCAAUAUUUAUAAUUAUGAUGAAACUCCAGAGAACAAAUCUUGGGCAUCAGCUUUACCAACUGCAAAAGGUUUAUAUAACCCUGAACUCGAAAAGGAUGCCUGUGGUGUUGGUUUCACAUGUCACAUCAAGGGUCAAGCAUCUCACAAGAUCGUCUCUGACUGUAGAAACUUGUUGUGUAAUAUGACACACAGAGGUGGUGAAUUGAAUCCAAAGGAUGGUGAUGGUGCUGGGUUAUUAUCAUCAUUACCACACAAGUUUUUAGUUAGAGAAUUUGCUUACCACUGUAACGUCGACUUACCACCACUUGGUCAAUAUGGUACUGGUAACGUUUUCUUUAAGAAGGACGACUUGAUCUUUGAAAAAUCCAAGCAAACCUUCGUAAGCAUUGCUUCUUCGCUUGGUUUAAAGGUCUUGGGAUGGAGAAAAGUUCCACACGAUUCUUCUAUCUUAGGUCCUGCCUCUUUAUCCAGAGAACCUUUGAUCUUGCAACCUGCCAUUGUCUUAGAAGAGACUUACUUUGGCGAUGCUGCAAUUAGUGAAAGUGAAUGGGAAACCAAAUAUCAAAGAGAUUUCGAAAAGAAAUUGUUUAUCUUAAGAAAGCAAUCUUCUCACACUAUUGGAUUACAAAACUGGUUUUACAUCUGUUCCCUUUCCAACAAGACCAUUGUCUACAAGGGUCAAUUGGCUCCAAACCAAGUUUACGCUUAUUACCACGAUUUAGUAAACUCUGAAUACGAAUGUCACUUUGCUUUAGUUCAUUCCAGAUUCUCAACCAAUACUUUCCCCUCCUGGGACAGAGCUCAGCCUUUGAGAUGGGCUGCUCACAAUGGUGAAAUUAACACUUUGAGAGGUAACAAGAACUGGAUGAGAGCCAAGGAAGGUGUCAUGGCUUCCAAAUUGUUUGGUGAAGAUUUAGAAAAGUUAUAUCCGAUUAUUGAAGAAGGUGGUUCCGAUUCCGCUGCAUUUGAUAACGUUUUGGAAUUGUUAGUCAUUAAUGGUGUCUUGUCAUUGCCAGAAGCUGUUAUGGUUAUGAUUCCAGAAGCUUGGCAAAACGAUGCUCUCAUUGAUCCAAAGAAAAAGGCCUUCUAUGAAUGGGCUGCUUGUUUGAUGGAACCUUGGGAUGGUCCAGCUUUGUUUACCUUUGCUGAUGGUAGAUUCUGUGGUGCCAACUUAGACCGUAACGGUUUGAGACCAUGUCGUUACUAUGUCACCGAUGAUGACAGAAUCAUUUGUGCAUCUGAGGUUGGUGUUAUCGACGUUGAACCUGAAAAGAUUUUGCAAAAGGGUAGAUUACAACCAGGAAGAAUGUUGUUAGUUGAUACCAAAGAAGGUAGAAUUGUUGACGAUAAGGAAUUAAAGAAGUCUGUCUCUUCUAGAUUCGAUUUUAAGUCAUGGGUUUUGGCCAACAUGAUUGAAAUGAACGAUUUAACUGAAAAAUUAAAAUCUAGAGGAGUUGAUUUACAGGAAGAAAUUGAUUAUUCCUCGGUCACUGUUCAAACCGAUCCAAGAUUAGUUGCCUUUGGAUACUCUCAUGAACAGGUUUCAUUAGUUUUAGCCCCAAUGGCCGAAGGAAAGGAAGCUUUAGGUUCCAUGGGUAAUGAUAACGCAUUAGCAUGUAUUUCUGAACAACCAAAAUUGUUGUACGAUUACUUCAGACAAUUAUUUGCUCAAGUUACCAAUCCACCAAUUGAUCCAAUUCGUGAAGAAAUUGUUAUGUCUUUGGAAUGUUAUGUUGGUCCACAAGGUAACUUGUUAGAAAUGAAGCCAGAUCAAUGUAACAGAUUAUUAUUGAAAUCUCCUGUUUUGUCCUCUCCAGAGUUAAACGCUUUGAAGAACAUUGAAAAGGUAUUCCCUAAAUGGUCUGUUGCCAACAUUGAUAUCACAUUUGAAAAGCUGGAAGGUAUUCAAGGUUAUAUCGAUACCAUUGAUCGUGUUUGUCAAGUUGCUUCUAAGGCUUUGGCUGAUGAUCAUCAAAUUUUGAUCUUGAGUGAUCGUUUGACUUCUGCUGAAAGAGUUCCAAUUUCUGCAUUAAUUGCCACUGGUGCUUUACAUCAUCACUUGGUUAGACAAAAGCAACGUUCUAAGGUCGCUAUUUUAGUCGAAACCGCCGAAGCUAGAGAAGUUCACCAUUUAUGUUGUCUUGUUGGUUAUGGUGCUGACGGUGUUAACCCUUACUUAGCAAUUGAAACUUUAGUUCGUAUGAACCAUGAACACUUAAUUAAGAAAGAACUUAAAGAUGAAGUCAUUUUCGACAACUAUAAGCACGCUGUUGAUUCCGGUAUCCUUAAGGUUAUGUCUAAGAUGGGUAUUUCCACUUUAGCUUCUUAUAAGGGUGCUCAGAUUUUUGAAGCAUUAGGUGUUGAUAAUUCUGUUAUUGACAGAUGUUUCGCAGGUACCGCUUCAAGAAUUAAGGGUAUAACUUUUGAAUACAUUGCUCAAGAUGCAUUCUCAAUCCACGAACGUGGUUACCCUAACCGUGAGACCAUCAAGCCAGUUGCUUUACCAGAAACCGGUGAAUAUCACUGGAGAGAUGGUGGUGAUGCCCAUAUUAAUGAACCAGCUGCUAUUGCUUCCAUGCAAGAUGCUGUUAAGAAUAAGAAUGAAAAGGCAUUCGAAGCUUAUUCUAAGAAGGAAUAUGAAGCCAUCAAGAACUGUACCUUGAGAGGUUUGUUAGAUUUCGAUUAUGAAAACUCCACUCCAGUUCCAUUGGAUCAAGUUGAACCAUGGACUGAAAUCGUCAGAAGAUUCUUCACUGGUGCCAUGUCUUAUGGUUCCAUUUCCAUGGAAGCUCAUUCCACUAUUGCCGUCGCUAUGAAUAGAUUAGGUGGUAAAUCCAAUACCGGUGAAGGUGGUGAAGAUCCAGCUAGAUCUACUGUUAAUGAAAAUGGUGACACUAUGAGAUCUGCUAUCAAACAAAUUGCUUCCGGUAGAUUCGGUGUUACAUCAUACUACUUGGCUGAUGCUGAUGAAUUACAAAUCAAGAUGGCUCAAGGUGCUAAGCCUGGUGAAGGUGGUGAAUUACCUGGUCAUAAGGUUUCAGAGCAAAUUGGUAAGACUAGACAUUCUACUCCUGGUGUUGGUUUGAUUUCUCCACCUCCACAUCAUGAUAUCUACUCUAUUGAAGAUUUAAAGCAAUUGUUAUACGAUUUGAAGUGUGCUAACCCAAGAGCAAGAACUUCAGUUAAGUUAGUCUCUGAAGUUGGUGUUGGUAUUGUUGCUGCUGGUGUUGCUAAGGCCGGAUCCGAGAACAUUUUGGUUUCUGGUGGUGAUGGUGGUACAGGUGCCGCCAAGUUGACCUCCAUUAAGCAUGCUGGUUUACCAUGGGAAUUAGGUUUAGCUGAAUCCCAUCAAACCUUAGUCUUGAACGAUUUAAGAGGUAGAGUUAUCUUGCAAACUGACGGUCAAAUCAGAACUGGUCGUGAUAUUGCUGUUGCAGCUUUAUUAGGUGCCGAAGAAUGGGGUUUUGCCACUACACCUUUAAUCGCUAUGGGUUGUAUUAUGAUGAGAAAGUGUCACUUGAAUACUUGUCCCGUUGGUAUUGCUACCCAAGAUCCAGAGUUACGUAAGAAAUUCGAAGGUACUCCAGAACAUGUUAUUAACUUCUUUUAUUACAUGGCCAAUGAAUUGAGAGCCAUUAUGGCUAAGUUAGGUUUCAGAACCAUCAAGGAAAUGGUUGGUCGUGCUGAAAAAUUGAAGACUAGAGAAGACUUGAGAAACACCAAAAAUGCCAACAUUGACUUAUCGCCAAUUUUAACUCCUGCACACACUAUUCGUCCAGGUGUUGCUACUCACUGUGUCCGUAAGCAAGACCACAAGUUACAUGUUAGAAUUGAUAACAAAUUGAUUGAUGAAUCUGAAUUAACUUUGGCAAAGGGUUUACCAGUCACCAUCGAUUGUGAUGUUGUCAACACCGACAGAUCCUUAGGUACCACCUUAUCUUACAGGGUUUCCAAGAUUUUCGGUGAACUGGGAUUACCACAUGAUACUAUUCAUGUUAAUGCUAAGGGUUCAGCAGGUCAAUCUUUUGGUGCCUUCUUAGCUCCUGGUAUUACUUUGGAAUUAGAAGGUGACGCUAACGAUUACAUUGGUAAGGGUUUGUCUGGUGGUAGAGUCAUUGUCUACCCACCAAAGGAAUCUGUGUUUAAUGCUGAAGACCAAAUUAUUGCAGGUAACACUGCUUUCUUUGGUGCUACUUCCGGUAGUGCAUUUAUUAGAGGUAUUGCAGCUGAGAGAUUCGCUGUUAGAAACUCUGGUGCUACUAUUGUUGUUGAAGGUACUGGUGAUCACGGUUGUGAAUAUAUGUCAGGUGGUAGAGUUGUCAUCUUAGGUUCUACAGGACGUAAUUUCGCUGCAGGUAUGUGUGGUGGUAUUGCAUACGUUUUGGACAUGGCCCAAGAUUUCAGUGACAAGGUUAACUCUCAGACUGUUGAAUUAUCCCAAGUUACUGAACCAACUGAAAUUGCAUUCUUAAGAGGAUUAGUUGAAGACCAUCGUCAUUACACCAACUCCACCGUUGCUGAUGCCAUCUUGAACGACUUCAACAGAUUCUUACCAAGAUUCGUCAAGGUUUUACCACACGACUACAAAAAGGUUUUGGAAACCGAAAAGAAGAAGCAAGCUGAUGCCAAGAAAAAUGAAUUAAACACUUUCUUAAAGUCCAUUAAGGAAGAUCCUGAAGCUGAUGUUACUAACGGUGAAGCUGCUAAGAUCAAGAAGGGUCAUGUUCACAGACCAUCUAAGGAGGCCGCUUCCAAGGAACCAAAGAUCUUGGAUGUUGAAGACACUAUUACUGAUGUUGAAUUAGAAAAGAAGGCUGUCGCUAAAUUAGACAAGGUCAAGGGAUUCAUGAAGUAUAAGAGAAGAAAUGAGAAGUACAGAGCUGCAAAGGAAAGGACUUCUGAUUGGAAUGAAAUGACUUCAAGAUUAUCGAAGGACGAAUUGAAACAUGAAACUGCAAGAUGUAUGGAUUGUGGUGUUCCAUUCUGUACUUCAGAUACCGGUUGUCCAAUUUCCAACGUCAUUCCAAAAUGGAAUGAAUUAGUUUUCCAAGACAGAUGGUAUGAUGCUUUACAAAGAUUAUUGAUGACCAAUAACUUCCCAGAAUUUACUGGUAGAAUUUGCCCAGCUCCAUGUAAUGGUGCUUGUGUCUUAGGUAUUAACAGCGACCCUGUUAACAUCAAGUCCAUUGAAUGUGCCAUUAUUGACCAUGGUUUCGAACAAGGUUGGAUUGUGCCAAACCCACCAACUCACAGAACUGGUAAAAAGGUUGCCAUUAUCGGUUCAGGUCCAGCUGGUUUAGCUGCUGCUGAUCAAUUGAACAGAGCUGGACACUUAGUUACUGUUUAUGAAAGAAGUGACAGACCAGGUGGUUUGAUGAUGUACGGUAUUCCAAACAUGAAGUUAGAUAAGCGUAUUGUUAAGCGUAGAACUGACUUGAUGGCAGCUGAAGGUAUUACUUUCGUCCCUUCCACUAACGUUGGUGAAGACAUUACUGUUUCCGAAUUGAAGAAUGAAAAUGAUGCAGUUAUCUUCGCAGUUGGUUCAACCAUUCCAAGGGAUUUGAGAAUCCCAGGACGUGAAUUGAAAAACAUUAACUUUGCUAUGCAAUUGUUGUCCACUAACACUAAGGCAUUAUUGGACGAAGAAUUAGCUGAAGUUAGAAAGACUUUGCAAGGUAAGAAUGUCGUGGUUAUUGGUGGUGGUGAUACUGGUAAUGAUUGUUUGGGUACUUCGACUAGACACGGUGCUAAGUCAGUUACGAACUUCGAAUUGUUACCAACUCCUCCAAAUGCCAGACCAAAGGACAAUCCAUGGCCACAAUGGCCAAGAGUCUUCAGAGUUGAUUACGGUCACACUGAAGUUGCUGAACAUUACGGUAAGGAUCCAAGAGAAUACUCUAUUUUAUCUAAAGAAUUCGUUGGUGAUGAAGAAGGAAAUGUUAAGGGAAUCAAUACAGUUAGAGUUGAAUGGAAACGUUCUGACUCUGGAGCUUGGCAAAUGGCUGAAGUUCCAGGCAGUGAAGAAUUCUUCCCAGCUGAAGUUGUCUUGUUAUCCAUGGGUUUCGUUGGUCCAGAAGCUGAUAAAUUAGAAGUUGAAAAGACCAAGAGGGGAACCAUUGGCACUGCUAACCCAAGUGGUUACCGUGUUAAUAAUGACGAAAACUUGUUUACUGCCGGUGAUUGUAGAAGAGGUCAAUCCUUGGUCGUCUGGGGUAUUCAAGAAGGUAGACAAUGUGCUAGGGAAGUUGAUAACUUCUUAAUGGGAUCUUCCAGACUUCCAGGUAACGGUGCCGUUGAGCAACGUAACUAUAAGUUAUUAGAAGAAUUAGCUGAAAAGGUUUAA